AUGAAGGGGAACAAGAGCAUCCUAGAAAUGGACCUUGAUAGGGUGAUGAAGCCUAACAUCGCGCAGUUUCGCCAGUGCGGUCUAAGCGCUCGAGAUAUUGCCCAGAUGUGUUUCUAUUGCCCGUGGCUGAUUGGGUUCCAACCAGAGCGCGUCAAGGAUUUCGUGCUACGCGCAGAAGACCUUGGGGUGUCCCGCCGAUCGCCCAUGUUCAAGCACAUGGUACCAGCAAUGGCCCGUACCAACAAAGAGAAGAAUGCUGCCACGCUCGAGUUUCUGAAGAGGAGUCUUGGUUGCUCUGAGAGCGAAGUUGCCUUUGCUGUGUCCAAGAUGCCAAGCAUUCUAGGACUAUCUGAUGAGUCCCAUCUCCCCAAGAUUCAGUUCUUGAUCAAGGAGGUUGGACUGGAGCCGCAGGACAUUCUGCAAAGGCCGUCCCUGCUCACAUACAGCCUGGAGAAGCGGCUAGUGCCCCGAUAUUGUGUCAUGAAGAUCCUGCUGGCAAAGGGACUGAUGAAAAGCAAUUUUCGCACAUUAGCCCAAGUUGGAGAGAAGAAAUUCAGAUUGAAGUUCAUCGACCAUCACAAGGACUCUGUUUCUGGGCUAGCACAUGCUUAUGCCACAGCUCGUGCUGGCCAUGUGCCCUCUGGAGUCUAA